GUUAUAGUCGCGUCUGAGAUUGCAAACUUUGCGCCUCGCCUUCUUCGACAAUUUACAAUUUUAUAUAUAUAAUACAAUUACCCACAAACGUUUACUUACACUACUUAUCUCUCUCUCUCUCUCGGGAGGAGCACGAGCGAGUUUCCAUAGGCAUAUAUAAAUUCGCGCCGCGGCCUGCCUCUCUUUUUUCUCUUGCCUCCCCCACACAGUCCACAGCGCGAAAUCAUAACACGGGCAUUGACGACGAACUGCGAAGGGAAAGAAAGUCCGUGUGUCGACCCGUAACGCGCGCGACUUUUGGUCCUUGGUGGUGCUGGUUGAGUUCGGUUUUUCGCGCGGAAAAACUCUUGCGAAUUGCGAUGUGUACAGAUUGUUCUUGCGACGAUUGUGAAGGCUGCAGUGAACUACCUGACUUUUCUCUCGAGAGAGCUAAACGCUACUCCUGUCACGACGUUUGAAUCGAAAAAUUUGAGCCGGGACACACUUUUCUCCAAAUAACUAUUGAGCGGAGCCUCAGCGGUAAUUGUACAGUGAGUGAUUUUAAAGUUCGAAAAGUGACGUUGAAAAUAGAUAAAAAAAUUUAAAAAAAAAACUGUGCGUUGCAUCGCGUUAAAACAAAGUGUGUAAAUUUUUUUUUUGCACUAUUUUGUGCGCGUGUGUGCACUUUAAAAAAAAUUAAAUUAAUAUCGAUUAUAUAAUCAAUCCGCGAGUGCUCCCGAUCGAUCGGUAUAGCCACCAACUUAUUUGCGAGAAAAGAAAUUGUCACCGUUCUAUGAGUCAAGAUGAUGGAGACUCAGCAGUACUGGGAAGACGUCGCGCCCCUGCACGCGAGAUUCGACGGCGUCAGCAGCCAACGCAUCUGCAAAGAGCCGUACUACAGGAUGAGCCUGGGCGUGAGCCCGCGUAACCUCGUCGUGUCGAGCGAUCCUGCCCUGAAUUUCGCCACGGCGUCCGAGGACGACGAGAUCUACUCGAAGAAGAAGGUCUCCAGACAAGACCCGAUGUCGCACAGAAUCAUCGAAAAGCGCCGCAGGGACCGGAUGAACAACUGUCUCGCCGAUCUUAGUCGGCUCAUACCGCAGGAGUACCUGAAAAAGGGCCGCGGACGCAUCGAGAAGACCGAAAUCAUCGAGAUGUCCAUACGCUACAUGAAGUAUUUGACCGGAGUUAUUAACGAUCUCAAGCGUCAAACCGGAAUCAGCGCCGUCGCGUCGCACCACAACGACGACAGCGUGGACAGCUCGCCGCCGCGCUCGCCACCCGUAGUGCCGGCGGUAAUCUCGGGCAAUCUGGCCCAGGAGCAGUACAGGCACGGUUAUCAGGACUGUCUGCAGGAGGUCGUGCAUUACCUCGACGAGGAGGCGCACAUGCCCCGAGAAACGGUCUUCUCGCAGCUCGUUCAACAUCUGCAGCAGCACUACGACAAGACCUUAUCGAUGAGAGACAUUCACGGUUAUCAUCAAGCAGCCGAGCCCACGCUUCUGCACAGCUUCAGCGGCAUCGCAUCUCAGUUCGGCCAGUCCAGGCUACAAGACACCGUCCAGAUGUCGAACUAUCUGAACAACGCCAACAACAAUAACAACAGCAGCAGCAUCAACAACAACAAUUCCAACGCGGCGAACAACAACAACAGUCAACCCCAGAAUCUGUCGCAAAACGGCAGCAGCAACAACAACAACAACAGCAGUAUACACCAGAAUCACAACAGCUCGGACCGUUGCUCCAGCUCGGGGGUCUCGUCGUACGACUCGAGCGAACCGUUGACGAUCGUCGCGCGCCCCGGCGGUGCCUUCCAGCCGCCCCACUCGGACGACAGCAAUCACAGCAGCGGAAGCACGUCCGGCGUCAGUCAUCAUCACCACCAUCAUCAUCACAACAUGUCACCGCCACCGGCUCAUCACAACUACAACGGCAGCGUGAACCACAACAACAACAACAACAACAAUAAUCAUCACGAGUGUCCACGCGCCGCAGCCGCAGCCGCGGCCUCGUCCUACAAGUUGAAGAACUCGAUCAUGCAGAGAUUCACGGCCGACCAGAGUAGCGUCAUCAAGACGUCGCCCUCGCCGCCGCCCACACCGCAAUUCGCCACCUGCAACCAGUCAAGCAACGGUAUCGUCGAGCCCGAGUCCAAGCACCACCCGCACCAGCACCAUCAGCAUAAACAGCAGCCACCUCUGCUGGUGCCAGCGUUCGCGCUGCACAACGCCGGCUACUACGUGCCGCUGACCCUCGACACGGACUGCGUCCGAGAGAAGAUGGCCCUGCAGGAGAUCGACACGGCGCCGGUCUUCCAUCCGGUCAACAUACCGGUGCGCUUCCCCGCUAACGCGGCGCCCCUUGCAGCCGUCGCCGCCGUCUCGCCGCCGUCGUCGGUACCAGCAGCGGCUGUUUGGAGAGCCGACACGUCUAGUCCGAUGGUGCAUUGAUUUUGAAGUGGGAUAUGAGAGAGACUAUAAUUUUUUUUAUUUUUUUUUUUUGAAAGAGAGCCGAAAGCUCUAGUUUGUCUACUGAGUAUGUCGUUGAGAGGCGCUCACCCGACUGGCUUGACGCGAUUAAUUUUGCGAAGUUGUCCGAUCGUUAUCUAUACCGUAAAGUUAAUGUAUAGGAAAUCGAAAUAAUCGAAGCAGAAAAAACAACAACAAAAGCUAGUUUUACAAUUUUUUUUGUAAUGUUAAUCAAAAACAGAUACUACGUCUGGUUUUCGAAGCAUUUAUACUAAAUAUGUAUGUACACCACGAAAAGGUGCGGAUGUAUGAUAAUAACAUAGGUGACAACGACGAUACGUGCAAUUAACGUUUUUUUUUUUUCAUUUUUUUUUCGCAAAAAAAAGAUUAUCAUCGAAGCACUCGUAUGUUUUUAACUCUCAUUGUCGAUCGGUAAGCGCGCGGCGUGCGAUUAUCUCGUCGGAUAAAAGCGAGAGCGUCGCUGCUCCACGUGGCGUAUACGCGAUAAAUGUGUAUCGACGACACGAAGGACGAUGCAGCAGUAUAGUUGUGCAUUGGCGGCGCGUCGUGCUGCGCGAACAUCAUCAUUUUGUACAUAAUCUAAUUAUAAUAUAAAUAAUGCACGGGGGCACAAUGCGUUAUAAGCCAUGCAAGAGAUACGGUUUUUAUUGUAAAUUAAUUGUGUGUGAAAAAAUUUUUUUAUCGAUACAUUUAUAAUAUAAGUCGUCGUAGUGUACGCUUAGUAUUUCUUUAUUAUUUCUUUUUUGGAGGGGAAAAGAACGAAGCGAUAAUUUGAGUUUUUUUCAUCCCGAAAAAAUCCCGUGUGCUUUUAUAAAACGUAUAAUAUAUAAUAUAAUAUUAAUAUUAUAUUAUAUUUAUAUAAUUUAAGUUCGCAAUCGAGAGACCAUCGAUCGACCAUUGUUUCCAUUUAAAGCGAGUAUUUGGAGUUUGAGAAAAAGUUUUUAUUUUUUCUUCGAAUCUAAUGUGCAAUUACUAUUUUAUUAUUGAUUGAUAGGACGCACAUUUAUUAUGCGCGCAGCUAAUGAUUAUGACAACAAAAGAUUUCUAAUUUAUUUAUCUCAGCUUAACUUGUAAAAAAGUGUACAAAGUGUGACAAAUUAUCGAGAGAAUAUGUUUAUAUACUAUAAUUGUUACGUUUAAUAGCUUUAUUAAUGUUAUAAAGACUUCUUAAUGAUUAUUAAGUUAAGUUGAAAAGGUUGAUAUAAAAUAACUUAUUCGGUUAUAAAUUUAAGCGAGAGAUGAUCGAGGGUAAUAUACUGAAGAAUUUUUGGUAUAUAAAGUCACUGUCGUUGAGUCGACGUUCAGUGCAAAUUCAAUGAGACGAAUUUUAAUAUACACGUGCAUUAGAAAAAUGAAUCGUUGUCUGGCCUUCCAUAAUACGAUGUCCAAUUGUAACAAAAUUUUGUGAUAUUAAUGUUUCAAGCUUAAGAGAGGAAAAGAAAUAUAUAUUGUUAUAUAAACUCCAUUAGUCAGUUUUGUUGAAAAAGGAGAAAUCAUGUAAACGAAAUCAGCAAUUCCCUCAACGAUUAUUUACUAUAAAUAGGCAAUUAAUAAGGCCGGGUUUAAAACAAAAAAAAAUAUAGAAUUUUAGUUUCCCGCAGUAGAAGCCCACAAUCGGUGAAAAAUAACAAAAAAAAAUGUCAUUAGAAAGUAUGAUAGGUACUGCGUGAAUCAUGGCUCGCGUUUAUAAAUUGCCAUGGCUCAAAUGGGCAGAGGGGCCUCAGCCAAAAAAAGACUGACCGAGACCUGCAUUAUCAAACACAUUAAUCAUCUUAGUAAAACUGAAAUUAUAUAUAGAAUAUUUGUCUUGUAAAAAAAAAAGAUUCAUCUCACCAGUACAUCAAAUGUGUAAAUUGUAUAUAUUAUGUAUUUAAGAUGAUUGAUAUUGUACAAAAAACAAAAAUUGUCAAAAAAA